UGAGGUGUCAGAAAGUCUAUUAAAUAAAAAUUAAGAACACAUCUAACCCGUGAAUCGCUGUUUUCAGGCCGACGAGUCCCACUUCUAUUUUCAGUGACAAACUACUUCAACGCGGACGACCACUGUCCUUGCUCUUCUCCUGAGCGGAGCCCAACGAAGAACAGGCCGACCUUAGCCACUAAUAAAUAAGUGCCACCAGAGUGGGCCACUCCAGCUUUGCAUCAGCGUUUGUUUAUCAACUUAUCAUGCAUUUUAAUUAAAACCACAUGGUCUGGUUGUAGUAAUUGACUUAUUCCUUUGUUAUACAUGCAGUACGAGUGAUUUCUUUAAGAAAUGAAAAGAUUAAAUAUGAAAUCGGUAGGUAUCGUUUUGGCACUUGAUUAGUGUAUUUAGGAGUAGUUUCCUAGUGGUUUUGCAAAAUGGUAUCUUUCCCCAAAAUACAGCACAUUAUCCAUUGUUUUUCAAAAUCAUUCAAGAAAAUGGCUCGUCCUCUUCUUCUUCUUCCUCCACUUCCACCUUCUUUCGUCAAGGCCUUUGUUUUCUUUUCAUCACUCUUGUUGCCAACAUAUAGUGCCGGUGAUGUUAAAGGUUACACAGAUUGUGCACCUUUUACCUGUGGCACCUUCAAGAACAUUAGUUACCCAUUUUGGAAUAGCAACCAACCUGAUUACUGUGGCCAUCCUAGGUUCAAGCUUGAUUGCCAACAAGACCAAGUGACUAUAAACAUCAAAUCACAGAAGUUUGAUGUCAUCGACAUCGAUCAAAAUAGUCAAAGUUUGAAGAUUGCCAGGUUUGAUUUGUACAAUGAUCCUUGUUCCAGGGACAAUACCAAUGUGAGUUUGGAUAACGAUUUCUUCAAAUUCACUUCCAACGAUGGCAACAUAACUCUGGUAUAUGACUGUGAUCCUCCUUCAUAUUGGUCUGAUAUAAGCUUUAAAUAUUUUGGGAUGUUUAAUUGCUCCAUAUAUGGUGGUGAUCCUAGUGCUGCAUACUUAGUUCUGAUGGAAAAUCUGGGUGUUAUUUUUGAUAUGGGGUGUAAAUUUAUCAUUGUUCCUGCCCUAGCGAAGGAUAUACUAAGUUUCAAUAACUAUGCGUUAAAUAAUGGUUUUGAGGUUGGAUGGAGUGGAGUGAAUGAAACCCUAUGUGAUAGUUGCAAACAAUCUGGUGGGAGGUGUGGACACAAUGCAUCUUUAAAUGAAUUCAUCUGCUUCUGUCGAAAUAAUCAGCAAACAUAUGGUGGGAUUUGCAGCAAUAGUAGUCUGUCUCAGUCACCAACCUUAUCAGCACCAAUACCAUCAGAGCCGUUGUCAUCACCUUAUCCAGGUCCACUAAAUUAUCCAGAUCAGGGUGCUAAGAGAAAUCACUGGAGAUGGAUAGUUAUCGGUACAGUCGCUGCUUCUGUGGUUGGAGUGCUAGCCCUUGCCAUGGCCUUUGGAGGGAAACUUCACUGUUCUCCUGCUGCCGCAUGGCACUACUCUAGUUCAGGUGUAACAAUUACAGCAAUUGCAGUUAUCCGAGUGUUGGUUAGUUGUUUUACGUGUAAGUUGUUAAGGUUAAAGAGUAAUCGAGAUAUUGAGACCUUCUUAAAAAAUCAUAGAGUCUUGACUCUAAAGAGAUAUAAAUUCUCGGAUGUGAAGAAAAUGACCAACUCUUUCAAAGUUAAGCUAGGACAAGGUGGUUUUGGUGCUGUGUACAAGGGAAAGUUACGCAACGGUUCCGAUGUUGCCGUCAAAAUUUUGAAUCAAUCCAAAGGAAAUGGUGAAGAUUUUAUUAACGAGGUAGCUAGUAUUAGUAGAACUUCUCAUGUUAAUGUUGUCACCCUUCUUGGAUUUUGCUUAGAUGGCCACAAAAAAGUUCUUAUCUAUGAGUUUAUGUCUAAUGGUUCACUUGACAAGUUUAUUUACAAAAAAGAACCUAAAAAUACUCCACUCUUGAGUUGGGAUAAUUUGUAUCAAAUUUCCAUAGGAAUUGCUAGAGGAUUGGAGUAUUUGCAUAGAGGAUGCAACAUUCGAAUUUUACAUUUUGACAUAAAACCACAUAACAUCCUUUUGGAUGAAAAUUUUUGUCCUAAGAUAUCAGAUUUCGGACUAGCAAAGCUUUGUCCUAGAAAAGAAAGUCAUAUUUCCAUGUCCGAAACCAGAGGAACAAUAGGGUACAUAGCUCCAGAAAUGUGGAACAGAUAUUUUGAUAGAGUUUCACAUAAAUCUGAUGUUUAUAGCUAUGGAAUGAUGCUUCUAGAAAUGGUAGGAAUGAAGGAGAAGAACAUAAUUGCAGAGACAAGUCAAACAAGCGAGAUGUACUUCCCUGAUUGGAUAUACAAAAGUCUUGAACAAGGCACUCAGGUAGGACCUAAAGACGAAGAGUUAUCAAUGGAGGAAAAUGAUGUUGUCAAGAAAAUGACAGUGGUGGGUUUAUGGUGCAUUCAACCAAUUCCAAGUGAUAGGCCAACAAUGAGUAAAGUUGUAGAAAUGUUGGAAGGCAGUAUGAAUUCCCUGGAAAUUCCACCAAGAGGUCUGUCUUCUCCAAUAAGAGUGGUGAUAGAAUCUUCUACGGUUGUACCGUUGGUAGAAUCUUCUUCUAUUGUAUCCGUUGUAGAAUCUUCUACUGGUGUAGAAUCUUCUAUUGUAUCAAACACACAUUAUAACCUGAAUGUUUUCACUGAAAACAAAAAUGUCAGCUAGUGAAAGGCUAAGAUUAGCAAGAACUUGAUCCUACUAAGGCAAGUUAUUUCUAAAGCUUCAUUUUUUUUUCCAGUUUAUGUUAUUGAUGUCAGAGGUUCUAAAUCUUACUGUACCCGUUUGAUCAAGCAAUAGUUGUGCUUUUGCCUCUCACCAUUAAUUGUUGGCAUCUUUUUUACUUUCUCAUGGUAAAGUGAAGCCUCUUCGUCAAGCUUUGAUCUUACGUUUUGGUUCUUGAUGGAUAGGGGCAUAAGGCUCCUAAAUCAGACUUCCUAAGAAUAUUAAGUGUUGCAAUAGAAGGUGCUCAAGGAUAUGUUGCAAAGUGAAACAAAGAAUGCCAUUUUGAUCAAUUGAAUACGAUGAGUACUAGUAACGAGUGUCU